CGUUACGCCGUUACGGUCUCCGUUUAAUGUGUAGUUACCCUUGUGUAGCAGCUUGAGAGGGUCAUGGAAAGGGAUUUUAGCGUACUCCGGGUCCUCCCUACAGCUACUGCGUGAGGCUACUUUGGCUGCAUCUCUGUCUGUCGCCAUCCGUCUCUGGUUGACGCUACCAGUGCGCUGCCCGCAGUCCAUGGUCUGGGUUAGUUAUCACGUCAGAAGCGACGAAUCUGUCGUUCCGAAUAUGAGUGGGGAAGGGAAGCUGCAGCGUUCAAGCUGGAAGGCCGAGGCUAUCCGGCGAGGGGAUUUGAAAAUAAGUGGUCCCAUUCCCAUCACUGAGGAAACGCCUCUCAACGAUGAGGAGGAGAGAGAGUAUGCGGAGAGGCAUAAUAUAGAGUCGGCAGCCCCGAUGCCGGACUCGUCAUCGCAGCAAGCCGAGGCGCAACAGCCACAGCCGCCUCCACCUCAAUCGAGUGUCAAUGAUGAAAGUCUGCAUAUAGCUUCGGAUCAGAUUGAGGAACAGCCGCAAGUACAAGAAAGCCAUCACACCCUUCGGCACAAGCGAUCGUCGUCCGGCAUUCGAGAAACGAGCGAAAUGCAAAGAAACACCCCCGAACCUGUAUCGUACGGCAGCCCAAGCCCGUUCCCCUCAAUUCCUGACACACCUUCGAAAACAACACCUAAGAAGAAGCGGAAAAGCGGCUUAAGGAAUGUAUUCCGCAAAAUGUUUAGCAGGAGGAGCAGGGAAGAACACAGUGAGCAAGAGACAGUUCAUAAACAUGGUUAUCAUCGUAGCGACCCUGGUUUAUUGACACAAUCACCUGAGAACCCGAAAGAGAACGGCCCACGAAUUUCAGAUAUGCCCGUUCGGGAAAUCGAGCCAAUAAAUCCACUGGGCCAGCACUUACCGUUCCCAAUGAACGUCAAUGCGCCACAAGAGACUAGCCCGCCACAUGAGUAUCUCACCUUCCAAGUCCCCCCAAACCUCAAUCGGCGACGAGCCACACUGCCCAGCGUUCUCCUUUCUCAGGCGGAAGCCUCGGCUUUGUCAUCGGCUUGGGGCAAACAGGCGUCAUCGUGGGAUGAGCGGCAGGAUGCAGAGUCAAUACCGUCCCCACUAAUCGGCAUUGCUCUAUCGAGUCCGACGCCUCCAUAUAUGCCGACACAUGUCAAGCGAAGGUCGCGAAGCGCUGGCGCUUUGCGCGAGCUGGCCAAGAACCUUCCGUCGACCGAGCGGAGGCGAAGUGCAGAAAUACGGUAUUGGAGGAGUAGCUACCAAUCCGGCAGCGUGUACAGCACCAACACGCCACGGCCACGUACCGCCCAAACUGUCGAGACUGUGGAAACCAUUCGGACUGCUGACACUCGUGAUACUGCUGCCAAUGCGCCGGAAGAAUCAAUUGCUGAGUCCAGCACUGCCGAUGUCCCUACGAUCGCCCAGCAUGACCAAGAUCUUAGCCAGAUCGAGCUGCCAGUUGAAUCUUUCAAUUUCGGAAAUCUAAGGAGUGAAUUUUCAGACGAUGAGACCCACGACCCGCAACAGUUUAAGCUUCCUCCACGAUCAGAGAAGCGUGUCUCGAUUGAAGAUCGUGUAAAGCACCUGGAGGACAACAUGUGCAAUCUCGAGACGACAGUUCGGAGGCUCUCCGGUCGCAGCAAUCGGCAAACAAUUAUACUGGAAAACGUACCCAAAGGUCGACGAUCACGAAAUCGAAGCACUUCAGCAACCAGCGAGCGCCAGUUCUCUCGCCAAUCGAGCAAGAGCAGUAAUAGGUCCCUAAGCAUCAAACAUGAAGAUUCAGAACCCCCGUCACCGACCCACGUGCCUCUGUCCGUCGUCGACGAAUUUCCGAAUUCGCCUGAUCGGCCUCAGACCAUGAUUGCGCUAGAACCAAGCGCGAUCCCCAGACCGACUACCACUCCUCAUGAUUCCAGCACUACGGAGCAAUUCGCGGCCGUGUACGCAGCGCUCGACAACGAGCGCGCGGCGCGCAGGACGCUUGAGAGGCAGGUUGUCAAUCUCCAGCGCGAAGUCUCGGAUCUACAUGGCCUGGUAAAUAAGUUCGUUUCUACCAGUCCGUCUUAUCCUACUCCAUCCCCUGAUGCUAUUAUAUCCAGUAACGAAGAACGCCUCUCCACACCCCGCGCCUCGGGUCGUCCGACACGUAGCCUUAAGUUCGAGUCUGAUGAGGAAGGUAUACCUUCCACUUCCCGCAAGAUCCGCGAGACGAUCGUUAGCCGGUUUAGUCGUACUGACAGUGAGGGUGGGGGAGAGGUCGCACGAAGUUUGGGGAGUAGUAAAGAGGAUAUCACGAGUCCGGAUGUCUGGGCAACACCGAAAGAAGAGAGUGGGGGAUUCUUCGCUAGAAGUAGAGUCGAUGUUACAGAGAAAGGAGAUGACGACGAUGAAAUGUUUUGAUAUCUGCGUGGUGACAAAACACGAGUAUACUGUUAUUUUGAGAUGUCGUUCAUGUCGAUAUUAACGGUUCAUGAGAUGAGCUAAGUAGCGUACUCCACGCAUGAGCACGUUGUUUUCCUGUCC